AUGUCGUUUCUAGGAUUCGGAGGAGGAGCUCCUCAAAUCUCGUCUGAGCAGAAGAUCAAGGCCGCCGAGGCCGAGCUGGAUAUGGUGACCACCAUGUUCAACCAGCUCGUUGACUCGUGUCACAAAAAGUGUUUCGAUAAGAACUACGCCGACGGCGAGUUGUCCAAGAACGAGAGCUUGUGUAUUGACAGAUGUGUUGCAAAGUACUUUGACGCCAAUGUCAAGGUCGGUGAGAGCAUGCAGAGUUUGGGAAGAAGCGGAACCUUAGGUCAGAACUUAAGAUAG